AUGCGCGACUUUCGCUUGACAGCGGCCUUGGCCGCUUACUCCACUCUGUUUCCAGCCUUUACUACUGCAUUCUGGCGUCUCCCCUGCCGUGGGCGAACUGGUGUCGCCCGGUUGGACCCUAUUGUCGACCCCGGAGAGAUCUCUAGCCAUGUGCAUUCGAUCCAUGGGGGAGGAAACUUCGGCAUGAGCUCGGACAUGCAGACUCUGCGCGAGUCUAGCUGCACGUCCUGCGCAGUGACGCAGGACUUGUCUGCGUAUUGGACGCCUGCGCUAUAUUUCAUGCACACUAAUGGCAGUGCCGAAUUAGUCGAAGAGGUCGGAGGCAUGCUUGCCUACUAUCUCUUGUAUGGGGAGGAUAUUACCGCAUUCCCUAGUGGCUUCCGGAUGCUGGCUGGAAACCCUCUCCAGCGGAAUUUCACCUGGCCAGUCCCCGAUCCUCCCAAGUCCUCCUGGUCUGGUGUUCAGGUCUCCCAGGAGGCCCUGCGCCAGAAGGCCCUGGGCUUCAACUGCCUCAACUACGCCGGGGCCGCAGAAGCCUCCCUAUAUCGCCACUUCAUGCCUAACAAGACCUUCCUCGAUGAGAACUGCCCGGAUGGCCUCCGUCUGGAGCUGAUGUUCCCUUCAUGCUGGAAUGGUAAAGAUGUCGACUCAGAGGACCACAAGUCCCACGUCGCAUACCCCGACCUGGUCAUGACGGGGACUUGCCCUGAGGGAUAUGAGACUCAACUGGUCUCCCUUUUCUACGAGACUAUUUGGAAUACCUAUGCCUUCAAGGAUGUGGAUGGUUACUUCACGUUGGCCAAUGGAGAUCCCACUGGAUAUGGGUACCAUGGCGAUUUCAUGUACGGCUGGGAGGAUGGCGUGCUGCAAGCGGCCGUUGACACUUGCACCAGUGCUUCAGGCGAGGUCGGCGACUGUGAGGUCUUCGACAUUCAAAGCGAGACUGAGCAGCGCCAGUGUUGGUUUGACUUGCCGUCGGAGCUUCAGAACGAGGAUGUCCAGAUGCAUGCUGAUGGUCUGCCUGGUGAUAUGCUGAUUGAGUGGGGACCGGCAUAUGCUACCAUGGACAAGGGCUCUGCAACCACCUCUUCUUCGUCUUCAGCCUUCCUCAGCCUUCCAACUACCUCUAUCAGCUUUUCGGUCAACGCUGGAAAACUGCUUGGCCAGGCUGACGCCCUUAACACCGCUGAAGCGGCCACUACCACAUCGACCUCCACACCAACCCCUACUCCCACCACGUCUCUUCAAACCGACCACUUUACGGAGGAAAUCGUCUAUGUGAAACAGGAUGUCAUCGUCAUGCUUGGUGAAGGUGGAGUCCCAUACACUACUAGCACCGGCACUCGACGCACGGUGUCCACAACAACGACCACCGCCACGCAGACUUCCACUGUCGUGUCCUACGUUGAGAAGAGGGACAGUGUCCCGGUGGAACUUGAAAAGCGGGACCCCGUGGCUGAGCAUGCAAUCAGACAUGCUCAUAACCACCAUCGUCACAUGCACAAGAGGCAUGGACACUAA